CUCUCUAUCCGAUGAGGUCAUCUCUGACGGAAAUACAUUCGUAGCGGCCGUGCCCAAGCCCGGAAGUGGGUGUUUCCUUCCUGACUGCUUUGAAGUGUUGUUUCUGGAUUUGAUGGAAGAGAUGUCAGGAGAAAGUGUGGUGAGCACGGCUGUGCCAGCGGCUACAACCAGGACCACCUCGUUCAAGGGCUCGAGCCCCAGCUCCAAGUACGUGAAGCUGAAUGUGGGGGGUGCACUGUACUACACCACCAUGCAGACCCUCACCAAGCAGGACACCAUGUUGAAGGCCAUGUUCAGUGGCAGGAUGGAGGUGCUCACAGAUAGUGAAGGCUGGAUCCUGAUUGACCGCUGUGGGAAGCACUUUGGAGCCGUCCUGAAUUACCUGCGUGAUGGAGCAGUGCCCCUGCCUGAGAGUAGGCGGGAGAUUGAAGAGCUACUUGCUGAGGCCAAAUACUACCUCGUGCAGGGGCUGGCAGACGAGUGUCUGGCAGCAUUGCAGGUACCAGCCUCCCUCCCGAUUUUAUCCCUUUCUAUACCCCUUUCUCUCUCUGCUUACCUGGUACAGGGGCUGGUAGAGACAAGCCUGUCCCCACUGUCUCUCGCUUUGUAUGGAUUCUACCUCAGAAGUGUAAUGGAUUUGCUUUUGUCAUUGCAGAACAAGGACACGUACGAACCAUUCUGUAAGGUCCCUGUGAUCACAUCAAGCAAAGAGGAACAGAGACUGAUAGCCACCUCUAACAAGCCUGCUGUUAAGCUGCUGUAUAACAGAAGCAACAACAAAUACUCUUACACCAGUAACUCGGAUGACAACAUGCUGAAGAACAUAGAGCUGUUUGACAAGCUGUCACUGCGCUUCAAUGGCAGGGUCCUCUUUAUCAAGGACGUCCUGGGGGACGAGAUCUGCUGCUGGUCCUUUUACGGGCAGGGCCGCAAGAUCGCUGAGGUCUGCUGCACCUCCAUCGUGUACGCCACUGAGAAGAAACAGACGAAGGUAGAGUUCCCCGAGGCUCGAAUCUAUGAGGAAACUCUCAAUAUCCUUCUGUACGAGGCGCAGGACGGGCGCGGUCCAGACAAUGCUCUGCUGGAGGCGACAGGGGGCGCUGCGGGGCGGUCAAAUCACCUGGACGAGGACGAAGAGAGGGAACGCAUUGAGCGAGUGAGGAGGAUCCAUGUGAAACGGCCGGAUGACAGGACACACCUCCACCAGUGAGAGGAACCAGCUGACCUUCCCCUACCCGUGCAGCUCACCUCCACUUAUACUGCAUCUCCUGCAAACACUCCCCUUUGGGAUUCCUACAAAGGUAAAAGACAGCAACUGUUCAUGGCUGUCUGCCAUCUUAGUCUUUCCUGUUACAGUUACUAUCUGAAUUCCCAUAUUCAAUACAGUCACUGCUUUCUGCCUUUGUCCAGAGAUACUGAAUUUGAACAGACCGGUUUUGUAAUUUAUAAAGGAAAUGAAUGUUUGCUGUAUUUUGCCUUUAGAAGGCACUGUGCUGCCUGUAAAGAUGGGAUCAUAACUCACUUUAAGACAUGUUGGCAGCCUAUGUUUAUGAUAGGUAUGUGACAUGGGGUAUGGAACACUUUAAUAGAAUUCGGACAUCAGUCAGUAAUUUUGUGAUAAAGGCUGAGGUGUUUUUUCAUUAGUGUGUCUACAGGAUUAGAGGUGCACACAUCCUUUCUGCAUCCAGACUGAUUCUCAGAAUAGGAAAGGGUCAUGUGUUUCAGCGGGAUGCGAGAUAGUCGUUUGUUGGUGGGAAUGCAAGUCUGUGUUUGUGUAAGUAUGUACAGAGAGAAUGUACAUAAACAUUCAGAUUGUUCGCUGUAUACACGCAGUGUAGCAGCAGUUUUAAAUGGUUUGACUUGGGAUUGAAAGCCUUUGAGUCAUUUUCUGUAAGGUCCACCUAAUUCCUACUUCUUAAUACACCUUGUAUAUUAAUAUUCCAAUGCUUCGAGGUGCUGAAGUAAAGCUACGGUUGAAAAUAAGCAAAAAUGGUUGGAAGACAACUGGAUGUUGGCGUUUUUUUUUUACAAAAAACAACCAAAAAAGCCUGAAGAACAAAAAAACAUAUUUUUUUCUAUCAGUUUUAUUUUGCAGUUCAGGAUAACAUAAAUCCUAAUUCCUCUCCUUUCCCAGAGCAGCUGUAAAAGGUUGUCUCCUGUAUAGUAAAUUUUAUGUCUUGCAUACUUGUGUGUGAGUGUUUGUUUGUGAUGUGAGUUUCUAGUUCCAUAAGUCAAAGUUCUUCAUUUUUUUAGCUGCUUACCAUUAUGAAUUUGCACCAUCCAUUUCCGUACUAUCAAUAAAGGUGCUACUGAAUGCUAAGUGCCUGGAGUAAUGCUCUGUUUCAGUGGAUGAUAUCACUGGAGUCAGAUUGAUUUGUAGUAUUGGCAAUUUUAAACUUUUAUACAUAAAUGUUGUUUUUUAUUCCUCUGGACAUUAAUUCAACAGUGUGAAAAAAGCAAACAAACCACAGAGUAACAAAACUAAGCUUCUACUGUAUAAUGAAAAUCAGAUCAUGCAAAUUUCUAUUCCUGUACCAUGUGAUUCAGCAGCUGCUUUCUCACUUGUCACUUUGAAUGCUGCAGAGCCUAAAUAAGUAAGACACAAACUAAACUAAACUUGUCUUCUCUGUAUUCCAAACGUGGGCAUUACAUGUGUUGGCUUUAUGUUAAAGUGAUUUGUUGGAGUGAUGUGUGUAAAAUGACGUGAUGCUUGUAGUUGUUGUAGGGAUCCCUGAUAACUUCCAUUAGCUACUGUGUUGGUGAAUAAGUGCCCGCUUAUCUGUUACCUGUAUUUAACAUCUUGGUAUUACAGUAGGGGAGGGGUUAUGAGGUUAGAAAUUAAGAAUAUCCUUCCAAAUUUACAGUAAUGACCAAGUAACAUGGCACAUGCUGCAGCAGUGUUGCCUGCCACUAGAGGACAACAUUACAUAAGGAACAAUAGACUCUGACCAGUUAGCACAGGUUCAGUCAUAGAAGAUGGUCACUUCUACGCAUAGUAAAUGCUUGGAGUAAAGUCAGGGUUUUCCCAGUAGAUGCAGUAAUCUCAGUCCUUUACUGUGUUACAUCUCACUCGAGAGCUAAAGCCUACAGUGUAAUCUCUGAGCUGCAGUAGAAAACGUGUUGGAAUCAAUACUGUACUUCAUUCCAGGCUCUCCCAACGGAGUGUACGUUUAUUUUGUUAGAUACAAAUCUGUAUUUUUUACAAUCAUUAUAAAAACUACAAAAAAAGAAAAACUGUCACUAUUUAGCUGUGCACAAAAAAGCUUAAACUAUAUUUAUAAAUUUUCUGUGUGUGUACUUCACAUGUACUUGUACACUAAUAAAAUUUCUACAAGA